AUGGAUGAAGAUUGUUUUAAUGUUCACUCUCCGGGAGUUUUCGAAGCAAGAAAAGCAGGAAAAAGUUUUAGAAAAUCCGCUCCUGCUGUAGUGAGAGCAAUACCAAGAAUAAAUAAAAGAUUUGCUAGACCUCCUUUUCCUGUGGAACAAAUAGAAAAAAUGUGUGUAGAUUAUAUUCGGCCAUAUAAGCAAAUUUUCAGGGACGCUAUAUUUACAUAUACAGAAAGAAAAAUAAAAAGUAAGAGGAAGUGUGAGUUAUUCAGAAAAUUCCUGUUAGAUAGAGAAAAUGUGUAUUUCAAUAACCUAAAAAAAUGUGUGAUAUUCGAUACAGAUUGGGCAAAGGAAAAACUUAAACAAGAAGAAAAUAAUAUAAUAAAUUUUACAAAUAAUGAGACCAAGUCUAUGAUAGAUGUAUAUUUAUUGAGAUCUGUUGCAAAUGAAAAGAUAAAUAAACAGAGAGAACUUCUAGUAAAGCUUAAACAAUUUUGGUCUGAAUAUCCAGUCAGACUUAAUGAAAAAAUCGAGUCUGAGAAAAGUAAGGUAUUGAAUGCUAUGAAGCUAGUCAACGAGCCAAAGUUAAGAGGAAGGAUGGAGAGCAAACAAGACCAGGAAAAUUCAAUUAAUUUGUCUCAUCCAAAUAUACUCAACGACGAAAAAUUUUCUUUAGAACAACUAGAACAUAUUAGGUUAAUGGCUACAGGAUACGAGGUUACAACUGGAAAGUUUUCAGUAAUGAUUGAUAAUUUGACUCAGAGAAUCGACCAUAUUCUAGGGGCAGAAAAACGAUUAAAUAAUGUUGCAAAGGCUAUUGUAUUGAAUUCGGACAAAUAA